AUGAGUGCAUUCGACGAUCACUCUGAUAAUCAGAAACAGGCGCAUCCAUGCGACACAAACAAAGAUCACUUUAAACGCAAUGAAGAAAUAGAUUCCUUUAAGUAUAGAGAUAGCAGCGAGGAGAACAAUGACAAUAUACUUCUCAUUAAACGCAUUACUAGGCGCCUCGACUUGAUGAUUGUCCCUGCCCUUUUCUUUCUUUUCUGUGUUAACUUCCUCGAUCGAGUCAACAUCGGCCAGGCAAAGCUAGAAGGGUUGCUCGGUGACUUGAACAUUUCAGACUAUCAAUUUGAAAUAUGUCUCACAGUUUUUUAUGUGUCGUAUAUAGCGUCAGAAAUACCGUGGAACAUGCUGACGAAGAAAAUUGGUCCCCAGCUAACAAUUCCAUUCAUGGCAGUCAGCUGGGCAAUCGUAUGCACCCUCACCGGAAUCGUUCAGAACUACUCUGGCUUGAUUGCUGUGAGAUGGUUUCUUGGUCUAGCGGAAGGAGGCUUGUUCCCGGGAAUGCUUAUAAUUCUCACCGCGUGGUUUCCUCCACCCCAGCAGGGCAAAAGAAUAACAAUUGUCUAUCUCGGAUCGCAAAUGGCUGCUGCGUUCGGUGGUAUUUUCAGCUAUGUCUUGGCUUUGAUGAGAGGCGUUGGUGGGCUAGAAGGCUGGCGGUGGAUAUAUAUCAUAGAAGGACUACUCAGCUUUGUUGUUGCCGUUGCGUCCUUCUUCUUCAUACAGGAUUUCCCAAGUGAAUCCAAGAUUUUAAGCAACGCAGAGAAAAGUGCUUGGCUAGACCACCUCGCCGCGCACCAGGUCGUUUUAGAUGAAAAUUUGCCCUUCACUAUCGGUCAAGUCACCUCUGCAUUUACUGACCCCAAACUGUACAUGCUCGCUAUAGUCAACUACACGAACGGUAGUCUACUUUACGUGCUGAGUACUUGGAUACCCACUAUAAUCAGUGAAUUGGGCGAUUUCGACGUUGCCGAAUCACAUCUUCUCACAGCGCCAGUGUAUGUGUUUGGGAUUAUAUGCGCUCUUUUCGCUGCUGCAUGGUCGGACAAGAAAAGACAAAGAGCCGUGCUGGUUGUAGCGGGAUUACUCAUCACUGCCAUUGGUUUUAUUAUCAUCAUGGCUAUCCCACCACAUGUUGCAGUGGGAGCACGCUUUUUCAGCUUAUUUCUCAUGGUAGCUGGAAACAACAUCGUAGCUGCGGGCUUGUUGCCUUGGUACAGUGCGACAUUUGGACCCUCUUACAAACGUGCAAUUGCUUCGGCGUUCAUUGUAAUGUGCGGCAAUUGCGGUGGUCUGGCCUCCAGUUUCAUAUACCCUGAAUCAACUGCACCUCGAUUCUUGCCCGGUCACGGUUACUGUUUGGCGCUGUGCAUUAUAGGCUCGACUACUGCAUGUGCGGUCAGAUACCUCCUCAAGAGGGAGAAUGAGCGCCGGGACAGGUUGUUUGGAACACCAGAACAGUAUCGAAAGAGACUUGAGUAUAGGAGCUCAAUCAAGAUGCUCAAAGAGCAGGAAAAUAAUGGUAUCGAUGUGGCAUUUGACGAAAAGGCCUAUCUGGGGCUGUCGGAGCUCAGUGAGUUUGAAAUAGCGUGUUUAGGAGAUCGCCAUCCAAUGAAUAGGUGA